ACUCGUACAGUAGCAGCGUCAGAUUCAACGCGCGCCUCCCCCGGCCGGAGUCCAUUUGCAUAAUUGGAUUUUUUUUUUUGCCUCCUUCCUCCCUGAAACUUAUUUGAAAACCCAAGUGAAAACCGCGACGACCUGCACACUCAAAAGCAAGUGCCAAUUCCUGAAUGCCACGGCUUUAAGAACAUCCUACACCCAAGACGGAACUCUGUGGCUUUAAGACUUGCCUGGGAGCUGUGACCCACCCCUCUGGCCAUCUCUGAGCAUCCAGAGCAUCUUUUCUGAGGACAUAUUCUUACUAGACUGACAGUCCUUAAGUCAAGCAUGCAGUGAGGGUGUUAAGGGAUGGAAGAAGCGAGUCUGUGCCUUGGAGUGUCCUCAACGGCACCGGAAGCUGAGCCUCAUCUGAGCGGCCCAGUCCUCAAUGGCCAGUAUGCCAUGAGCCAGAAGUUGCACCAGAUCACUUCCCAGCUCAGCCAUGCCUUUCCUGAGUUGCACCCGAGGCCCAACCCAGAGGAGAAGCCACCUGCGGCCCUUGAGGAGAAGGCUCACGUGCCCUUGAGCGGACAGUCCAUGGGCAGCCAAAUGGCGUUGCUGGCCAACCAGCUGGGCCGCGAUGUUGACAACAGCCUUAAUGGGCGUGUGGACCUGCAGCAGUUCCUCAAUGGGCAGAACCUAGGAAUCAUGUCUCAGAUGAGUGACAUUGAGGAUGAUGCCCGAAAGAACCGGAAGUAUCCGUGUCCUCUGUGUGGCAAGCGUUUCCGGUUCAAUAGCAUCCUCUCCCUGCACAUGCGCACUCACACUGGUGAGAAGCCAUUCAAGUGCCCCUACUGCGACCACCGCGCGGCCCAAAAAGGAAACCUCAAGAUUCACCUGCGGACCCACAAGCUGGGCAACUUGGGGAAGGGGCGCGGGCGGGUACGUGAGGAGAACCGUCUGCUGCACGAGCUGGAGGAGAGGGCCAUCUUGCGGGACAAGCAGAUGAAGGGCAGCCUGCUGCAGCCAAGGUCUGAUCUCAAGCCCUUGGCACAUGCCCAGCAAGCCCCGUUGGCCACUUGCAACUUGGCCUUGCCUCCCAACCACAGCGUGCCCGACGUAGCCCACCCGGCACCUUCUCCCAAGCCGGUCAAUUUGCAGGAGGAUUCGGUGACCCCGGCUGCGGGCUUCCGAUGCACCUUUUGCAAAGGCAAAUUCAAGAAGCGAGAAGAGCUGGACCGCCACAUCCGCAUUUUGCAUAAGCCCUACAAGUGCACACUGUGUGACUUCGCGGCCUCGCAGGAGGAGGAGCUCAUCAGUCACGUGGAGAAGGCCCAUAUCACUGCGGAGUCUGCCCAGGGCCAAGGCCCCAAUGGUGGUGGAGAGCAGUCAGCAAACGAGUUCCGCUGUGAGGUAUGUGGCCAGGUGUUCAGCCAGGCCUGGUUCCUGAAGGGCCACAUGCGCAAGCACAAAGACUCCUUUGAACAUUGCUGUCAGAUCUGUGGUCGGCGCUUCAAAGAGCCUUGGUUCCUGAAGAAUCACAUGAAGGUCCACCUCAACAAGCUGUCGGUGAAGAACAAGUCCCCCACUGAGCCUGAGGUGUCGGUGCCCAUGGGUGGCCUGUCCCAGGAGGCCCAUGCUAACCUGUACUCUAGGUACCUCUCCUGCCUGCAGAGUGGCUUUAUGGCCCCGGACAAAGCCAGCCUGAAUGAGCCUUCCCAGCUCUAUGGCAAAGGGGAGCUCCCAGCCAAGGAGAAGGAGGUUCUGGGAAAGCUACUGUCGCCCAUUUCCAGUAUGGCUCACAGUGUCCCCGAGGGGGACAAGCACUCCCUCCUGGGCUGCCUCAACCUCGUGCCACCACUGAAAUCCAGCUGCAUCGAGCGGUUGCAGGCAGCUGCCAAAGCUGCAGAAAUGGACCCUGUGAAUAGCUAUCAGGCCUGGCAGCUCAUGGCCAGGGGCAUGGCCAUGGAACACGGCUUCUUAUCUAAAGAGCAUCAGCUCACGCGCAACCACGAAGACCCUUUGGCAAACGCCGGAGUUCUGUUUGAUAAGGAGAAGCGGGAGUACGUGUUAGUGGGAGCAGAUGGCUCCAAGCAGAAAAUGCCUGCUGAUUUGGUUCACAGCACUAAAGUGGGCAAUCAGAGAGACCUGCCAAAUAAGCUCGACCCUCUAGAAGGCAGUCGGGAAUUUUUGUCACAUGGGCUCAACCAGACGCUCGAAUACAACCUGCAGGGUCCCGGGAACAUGAAAGAGAAGCCCACUGAGUGCCCGGAUUGUGGACGUGUUUUCCGAACCUACCACCAGGUGGUCGUGCAUUCUCGCGUCCACAAGCGGGACCGCAAGAGUGACGAGGAUGCUCUACACGUGGGUGUGGGCCUGGAGGAGCGGCGAGGCUCAGGCAGCGACCAGGAGUCCCAGUCAGUGAGCCGCUCCACCACACCUGGCUCCUCUAACGUGACUGAGGAGAGUGGGGCCGGAGGUGGCCUGUCGCAGACCGGAAGCGCCCAAGAGGAUAGUCCACACCCCUCUUCACCAUCUUCCUCAGACAUCGGCGAGGAGGCCGGGAGAGCCGGCGGCGUCCAGCAGCAGGCGCUGCUUCGGGACAGGAACCUGGGCUCGGCCAUGAAGGACUGCCCGUACUGUGGGAAGACUUUCCGGACUUCCCAUCACCUCAAGGUCCACCUGAGGAUACACACAGGUGAGAAGCCCUAUAAGUGUCCCCACUGUGACUAUGCCGGCACCCAGUCAGCAUCCCUGAAGUAUCACCUGGAGAGACACCAUCGGGAGCGGCAGAAUGGAGCCGGGCCCCUGUCAGGACAGCCCUCGAACCAGGAGCACAAGGAUGAGACCUCCAGCAAAGCGCCUAUGUUCAUCAGGCCAGACAUCCUGCGAGGAGCCUUUAAAGGUCUCCCCGGAAUCGACUUCCGAGGUGGUCCUGCCUCUCAGCAGUGGACAUCGGGCAUGCUCUCCUCUGGAGAUCACUCAGGGCAGGCCACCGGCAUGUCCUCAGAGCUGUCUUCAGAUGCCCUAAAAGGCUCCGACCUUCCUUCCAAAAGCUCCCACUUCUCAGAGAUCGGGAGAGCUUACCAAAACAUCGUGAGCAAUGGUGUGAAUUUCCAAGGGUCCCUGCAGGCAUUCAUGGACAGCUUUGUCCUCAGCUCUUUGAAGAAAAAGGACACGAAAGACAAGGUCCCAUCUGAUGCCCAUCCCAUGAAAGCCCACACUGGGGAGGGUGGAGAGGAGAAAGCAAGUGUGAAGUCUUCCCAGCGAAAGUCUGAGAAGUCUCAGUAUGAGCCACUGGACUUGUCUGUGCGGCCAGACGCCACCACUCUCCCUGGCUCCUCUGUGACCGUGCAAGACAGCAUUGCGUGGCACGGCUGCUUGUUCUGUGCUUUCACCACCUCUUCCAUGGAGCUGAUGGCCCUUCACCUCCAGGCCAACCACCUAGGCAAAGCGAAGCGCAAAGAUCACCCCGCAGGGGUGACAGUCAACUGCAAAGAACAGGGGCGGGAAGCCAGCAAGGUCUCUGUACUGCCUUCCCUACAAUCAAACAAAGAGAUGGCCCUUCCUAGUGCUGUCGGUGUGCUCGACUCUGCUCCAGAGAAGAUGGCCCAAGGACCGGCCAAAGAGACUCUAGGGGACCAAAAGAGUGGUCAGUGGCCCAGCCACAUGGAUCCUGCCUUUUGUACCUUUCCAUCUGACUUCUACAAACAGUUUGGCGUUUACCCGACUAUGGUUGGCUCAGGAGCCCCCGGCUCCUGCCUCAAUAAGAACCCCGAGGGGAAAACCCACCCGGAAGAUGAUGCCCCUAUCCUGAUCCCGGAAACCACAAACAAAAACACUACUGAUGACCUCUCUGAUAUUGCUUCCUCCGAGGACAUGGACUCCUCCAAGGGAGAAAACAAUGAGGACGAGGAGAUCGACACCGAACCAGAAAUGAUGAGCAAGCCACUGUCUGCUCUCAGCAAGGAUGGUGGCAAUGAGGGCAGUGAUGGCCUGCUGCCCCCAGGUGCCCCCCAGCCCAUGCAGGGACUGGUCUCACCUUUAGCCCAAGCAGCCGAGGAACAGUGGCACAGCCCAGGCCUCCUUCCUGCCCAGGACCCCUCGGUGGGGCUGCCCAAGCCUGAGCGGGGUCCCCCAGGCUUGGAGAAACCUGUGAGCAUGCUGUCGGUCCUCAGGGCCUACAGCGCCGAUGGCUUAGCAGCCUUUAACGGGCUUGCAAGCAGCACAGCAAAUUCUGGAUGUAUCAAGAGGCCAGACUUGUGUGGUAAGUUUUAGAAUCCUCUUCCUUCAGUUCAUUUCCCCCAAAAUAUCACUGCUAAAUUGUGCAUACAAACAAAAACAAAAACAAAAUCUGACAACACAAUGGGGUUGACAUACCCAUUAACAAAAUUUAAACAAAAUCUUUAAAAAGAAA